AUGGUCCAAGUCCCUGGUGAUGAGGGGCUCAUGAGCGCUCUGGCAGAGAAGCUCGAGCCCUGGUCAGUGACAGGAGACCAAGUCACAGGGAAAGACUUUGCUGUGGGCUUUCCUGGAAUUGGAAGAUUCAGGUAUUUAAAAGAGUGUUCCUCAAAAAGCGAUGCUGAAUGCACGUGCAAGGAGGGGUAUCGUUGCAGCGGCAACGGCUGCUCACGCUGCGACCGAAGCUGCGGUGUGGGCGAGGAGAACACCGGGAGCGGUUGCCAAAGUUGCCGCUAUGGAACUUUUAAUGAUCAGCUCAACGGCUCCUGUAAAAACUGGACAAAGUGCUCUGCAAACCAGGUCCUGGAGCCUGGAACUGCAGCAAAAGAUGUCAUUUGCAAACUCGCUUCAGAUAAUCCCACUUUAGUCACUACUCUACCUACCAUGUCUCCUGCAAUUCCAUUUUCUAUCACUGUGCCAGGGAAGGACCUCCAGAUGGACAUUAUCAGAAUUUCUCUUACUGUAGCUGGGCUGUUGUGCAUAGUGUUUCUGCUACCUUCGUGCGUGUGCUUCAGUAUCUGGCAGAAAAAGAAACUACAUGCUGUCUUCAAGAAAAUGCAUACCACACCUGAACAGUCAAUUCAGGAAGAUGAUGCCUGCAGCUGCCGCUUUCCUGAGGAAGAACAAGGUGAAUAUCAGGACUGUGGCAAAUCCACAGAAUUCAGAGAUCUUUUGGUGAACUAGGAAUUGGACUGUACAGGUCAACCACAUUUGAAUUUCCUUUUGGAACACAGAACAAGAACCUGGUUACAUAAAUAGAGAGGGUAUCAGAAUCUGUGAAUUUCAGAGUGCUAAAUAGCC